AUGAAAGCCUUGAUUUUAAAACCGAAGGAUCAUUCCGUUUCUGUACAAGAUAUCCCGACUGCGGAACCUGGACCAAGAGAAAUUCUCGUCCGCGUCAGAGCAGUUGCGCUCAAUCAUGUGGAUGCGCUCUAUACAAACAAGCCAAUUGCGGCACAAGAGUACCGUGUAAUCGGUAGUGACUUCGCUGGGGAGGUCGCCAGUGUUGGCACAGACAUCCAGAACAUCGAUGACCCCCGUGUCAAGAUUGGAAUACAUGUGGCUGGCUUCGUUCAAGGCGCUUGUUCGGUCAACUACCGACCAGGAGCCUUUGCCGAGUACGUCGUCAUUGACUAUGACCUCACAUGGAAUAUUCCCAUCGGGAUGUCGUUCCAAGAAGCUGCUACUGUCAGUUUGUGUGGACUUACAGCCGCGCAAGGUGUCUUCAGCCGACUCAAGCUCCCGGGACCGUUUACCCAAUCUCGAAGUUUUGACCACCUCAAACUCACUAACGAAGAGCCCGUGAACGUCUUCAUCUACGGCGCAACAACAUCCUUAGGUCUCUUUGCCGCACAGCUUGUGCGCCUAGCUGAGAAAACUUCCGGCACUCAGAUCCGUCUCAUCGGUGCCGCCAGCAGCGCAAAACACAACAUGCUGCGUCAAGCCCCUUAUUUGUACGACGAGCUAGUUGACUACAGAGAUGCUGACUGGCAAGAAUUGGUACGCAAAGUCUGCGGCAUAAGUGGCGGAGUCCAUUACGGCAUAGACGCGGUCUCGCAGUCUCCGUCCGUCGAACGUGUGCAUGAUACGUUGGUCAACGAGGGAAAGCUGGCGGUGUUCCGAGCACCGGCUCUAGCAGGGUUUGAUCCGUCAAAGUUCAGGAUCAAGCCGAUCACAGGUGCAGUCUGGGAGGGUCUUGGCGUAGAGAUCCAAUACCAAGGUGUCACAUUUCCAGCCAACCCCGAAGCCCUCGAGUUUGCAACGCAGUUCUACAACUAUCUCGGAUCGGAAGCGUCGUUGGGAAAAGUCAAGUUGCAGGCAAACCCGGUUCGCCUGAUGCCAGGAGGACUCGAGAACAUCGCAUCUGAAGGCAUCCCGCUCUUUGGUCCGAAGCAAGUCAAUGAGCCGCCGAAGGAUCACAUGCGUUCUGUUAGUGGAGAGAAGGUUGUCUACACCGUUGCUUAG